UGUAUAUUUUUGUAUAACUCAUUGGUUUAUUUGUAUCUAGCCUUGAACGAGACCCCAACCGGGACGUCGUCAGGACUCGCUGGUUGGCAGAUAGCCCUCAUUGUGCUUGGCAUCCUUGCAUUCAUCUUUAUUGUCAUCAUUAUCAUACUGUAUAUACUGUACAUGAGAAAACAAAGGCAUAUCGAGGACAGUGACCCAGAGAAAAACAAACUGAAAGAAGAAAGAAAUUCCUCUCCGGACAGUUUGCAACACGAUGAUAUUGCAAAAGCAAAAAGACAAAUUCAACGAUUUGAUGAGAAGGGUAUGAACUACCCAUACAAGCCGCGAGAUAAACUUGAACGAGAACAUACUUCUGACCUUAAGGAAGUGAAACGACCUACAAAGAAACUGCAAGAUGGAAAACCUGCGGACAAAGACGUAAAAACAUCAGAGCGAGAACCUGUUCAACCCCUAAUCGAGUUUAAACAAGGAAAGAAACCAACCCCAAAUGAUCCUCUAAAAGACAAAAAGCCACCACAAAUUGAACCUCCACCAGGAAAAAAGCAACCUCCUAUCGAAUUUCCGCCAGGAAAAAAACCAAUACCGCCAACAACUCCAAAACCCGACGCAGAGGACACGGCAUUGUUAAGAAUAAAGAAGGAGAGAGAACGAAAAGAGAAAGAGAGGCUGGAAAAGAAGAAGAAGGAACAAAAAGCGAUAGAAGCAAAAGAAGAAAAGUUAAAGAAAGAGGACACUCCACGGAAUGAAAUAGAAGACAGUAAAGUUAUAAAGAAUGUGAGACAGUCGUCAUCCAGUGACGAAUAUGAGACAGACGAAUCAGAAAAACAAGAGCGAAUACAAAAGCUGUUAGAGAAGCGCAAGCGAUUAGCAGCUGCAGCUUAUCAGCCGCCUGAUGGCUUACCUGACGCCAAGGUUGUAGGCAAGAAGAAACGAAAAAAUCUGAAAGAGGGUGAAGAUGGUGGUGAAUUGACCAAGUCGUUGACGACGCGAGAACAACAAGAAAUACUUGACAAAAAGCGUCGUCAUCGCAAGAAAGCCAUGAAGAAUAUGGCGAAGCAGAAAUUUAAACAAAGUCCCAGUGAUAUGGAGACCUCUGACUCGGAUGCAGACGUAAGUCCUAACAAGCGGCGAUUCCAGCGACGUAAGAAGGGUGACCCACGUGGAGUUGAGGCGCCUUAUACAGAACAGUAUCAUACAAAGAAAGGUAUUGAGAAAGAAUUGGACGAUAUAGAUUUCUGGCAGGAGAAAGUGCAGCCAACAGUGAUUUCUGAUGAUGAGGAGUUAGAUGAACAAGGAAACAUUAAGAAACGUGCCAUACAAGUCGCCCCAGCUGAUACUGCGCAGGCUCCGACCGAGGGCGCUAAAGACAGAUCCGCCUCACGUUUAGCACAAAUCAUGGAGGAAGAAGCAGACGUCUGGGCCGCCCAUGGUUUAAAGGGAUUCAAACUUGGACAGGGUGGUGAGCUACCGGAGGGUUUUCACUUUGAUGAGCAGGGAAAUAUCGUGCGUGACGUAGAUGGUAAAGUCAUUCCGAAGGAAGCGUUUGCCAGACUGAUGGACAUUCGGAAAAAGUUCGGAUUUGUCUUCAGUUUGCCGAGGUUAAUACGGGAUUCCGACGGGCGACCACUUGGUGGUUACAAAGAUGAUGAAUUCGGCCCCACUGCGGAGUGGGAUUAUGGAUUACCCAGUAAUAACGAAGACGAAGAUGAAGUUAAAAAAUCCGAGAGUUUCAGACCAGGGUCGGGAAAGCAAGUUGCCUUCAGCGUGCAAGACGGACAGAGUGUCCGAGCUACUCCAUUAAACGACAUGGAUUACAGUCAGAUAAAAGGGAGACAACUCGGAUCAGCAGAACGGCUUAAGUUAAAGGAUAGAUUAUUUGAAUCACAACCAGAAAGUGAUGUAAAGAAAUCAUUACCGGUGUUCUUCGCUGGAUCGAAGGGCGGCAUAAAUCCGGAAUCAGUAUAUAUAAGCAAUGCCCAGAUAGAGCGACAAGGGAACCAAACCAAAGCAGGGAACAAUAGGGUGGUCAGGUCAGAUACAUUCGACGAUGGCCGCGGGUUGCGCCGUAAUUCGAAAUCGCGUUCCACAUGGAGCGGGCGUGAUAAGACUGGUCCAUCAGUUAUACCGGAGAAUGAGGAGACAGGUGGUCAGCAGGGUAUGCAGGGUAUAUCUCGAGGAAAAAAGAAUAUCGGAUCAGACGAUGAAUUCAUAUUGGUUGGUGGAAGUAUGCAGAAGAUCAAUAAGCAACCGUACUCGAAUGACUCACAUCUAGCUUCACACUGGUGUUCAAGAUAUGAACGCCAUGGUAAUCUUCCCAUACGUGAGACAACGGAAAUGAGUGAUCUGAACAUGCGCACUGCCCCCAAUUCUACCAGACCGUUUUCCGGUGAUGACAAAAGAAUGAAGAAGUUGCUACAAGAGCUGUAUACUGACAAGAAAUACUUUGACCAUUACCUGGAAGCAGAAAAACUGCCCACGAUUGCGGCUGCUGAGACACGAGGUCUUGCCAGUCACGGUCAGCAGUUUCUCAGAGAGCGCGCUGAAUACUGGGGAGAACAUCAAGCCGUUAUUCCUGUUCAGCCUCCUUCUGAACUCGGCCUACGUCUUUCACGCAUGCGCACUUUCCACACAAACGUAGACUCCGGUAUGGAUUCCAUGAUAACGUCUACGCCUGGACGUCCUCAUAGCGCAGAUGACGCACAAGAAACGGAAAGAACACGACGAGAGAAUUCGGAAAUAGUUCCUCCUCUUCCAACAAAUAGGUCUACCAAAACUUUAUGGACAAAGGAAGUUGACAAUACUGAAAGAAAACCUCCAACAGGAAGAUCGGAAGCGCCACCUAGUCCGUCAAAACUUGAAUCAGGCAAAAAAGAAAAAUCAGUUACGAUAGAAGCAUCUCCGCACGACAUGAAGAAAUCAGAAUCAAAAGACGUUUCUAAAACGAAUGUUUCCACAAAGGGAAAAAAUGUUUCGGAGGAAAAAAUGUUGCCGAGAAACGUGCUUACAGUUACUGACACUUAAUAAUAAUGAUAAGCGUUCCACAACAGUGAUUUUGUAGUUGAAUAAAAUCAUGUAUGCGAAGGAUUUAUAUCACAAGGGCGUAGCGUAAAAGAUACUAGUAAAAAAUUCGCAUCUGAACGACGUACGAUGAUUUUAUUCAAGAGAAAAUGACUUUUUGAGAUACUUCAUUUCGAUUCUAACACGAUAUCGAGAAUUAAUUUAUUAUCUACGUCCUUGAUGAAAUCCAUCAAAUAUUAGCCUGUUCUGUGUAGUUUUCUUUUCCAGCGUGCCGCUAUCACGCUUAACGCUUUGACGUAAUGGAUGUGACGUUCAAACAAUGAUUUUAUUGUAGGGACAAACCAUGUUUUUUCGCGUUAUAACGUCUGCAGAAUCCCGUAGGAUUGGUUGGCGCCCAAGUCCGGUAGGGCGAGGGUACCAACGAUUCACGAGGGAUUCUGAAGAUGUUAUAUCACGAAAUGUACAUGCGCUAACGCUAUUCCAACAUAAAACGCGUAAAAACUAAUAAUAUUAUCCCACAACGUCAUAAUUUCAAUGAAAUGCGCGGGAAUGUCUGCAUUGUUUUUUCACGUUGACGUCAUUUCCUUUUGAAUUAUCCUUUUUGGGGCCGUAAUGCGUUUACGCUUAGCCACGGAACGCGCAUAUAUAAAAAAGGUGUUUUAACAGCACAUGAGCGUGAGAAUCUCUCUGUUAACAUACGUUUUCUGUCCUGUUAAAACACCCCCGAAAAGUGACAAUAACAGCAGUUUUAUGCUAGAAUAUGCAUUCUAGCAUGAAACUGCUGUUCCUGUCACUUUUCAGGGGUGUUUUAACUUGAGAGAAAACGUAGACUUUACCGCGUAUUUCAUGGAACUUUAAUGACGUUGAGGGAUACUACAUUCGUUUUCUUGGUUUUUACACGUUUUAUGCUAGAAUAGAGUUAGCGCAUGUUCUUUUCGUGUUAAAACAUCUUCAGAAUCCCUCGGGAAUCGUUGGUACCCUCGCCCUAACAGGCUCGGGUACCAACCGAUCCCUCGGGAUUCUGCAGAUGUUAUAUAGAGGAUAAUUGUUGGUUUCGGUUUAAUAUCACGUUAUAAUUUCACCGAGUGGGCACCAAAAGUGAUAUUUUCACGAGUGGCGCAGCCACGAGUGAAAAUAACAACUUUUGGUGUUCACGAGUAAAAUUACCGUGAUAUUACAUCGAUACCAACAAUUUUUCUGUUUAUUUUAUGUCUAAAACUCUACUUUUGUUGUGUUUAUUUCAAUAAAAUGUCGAAAUUUGCGGGAAAUUUUAUCAGGAAGCAUCGCAAAGAUGACGUCAUUUUAACGACGUCAUCUCAUAUUGUUUCCGGCUUUCAGUACGCUCGGUAAACUUUUUGACGUUAAUCCGGGUAUCAGAUUUGAUCAUUUUCACUGAGUGGCCAGUGAGUUUAUCAGGAUAUAAUUCACCGUUAUAUUUCGAUAAACCACCGAAAAACAUAAAAUAAAACACGAAAAAACAUGCGUUAUCCCUACAAUAACGUCACAGUUUCAGGCUUCUUUGUUUAAUAGGACAGCAAAUCAGGUCGUAUUAGAAAAUGCUAUAUACUAUAGUAUGUUACUUUGCCUAUAUGUAUGUUAGUAUUAUCGUAUUUAAUUUUAACAUGUACAUGUAUAUUAGUAAGAUAAUUAAGGUCACAUUAAUGCAUAAUUAUGCCAUGUUUUCUCGCUUUAUAUAACCGCCAUCUAUUUAGAUUUGAUAACGGAACAUUUUUGGUAUAAAUUUAGCCUGCUUGUAAACGUGUUUUGGUUAAUGAAUCUGUGAUAUUAUAUAUUGUCUUUCUUGUACAUUACUAUUCAAGGACAGAAUAUAUUGUGAUAUAUUAUAAUUAAAUCUACCGUUUACAUA